UGGGGAGAGCAGGGGAGCGGGGGCGGGGCCUUCUCCGCCCUUGGCGCUGCUCCCUGGAGGCACCUGUGGAGUUCUGCAUUCUCCGGGAAGAAGUCCCAGAGAUCCUGUUAUAGGAGUUUACAAAAAAAAAAAAAAUGCCAACAUGUCAUCUUCCACGCCAUUUAAGAUGAGAUUGGUUCAUUUGGACCUUAAAGGAGCACCGCCAAAGGUUUCGUAUCUCUCUGAGGUUUUUCCUUUGUUCCAUGCACUUGGUGCAAAUGGCCUCCUCAUUGAGUACGAAGACAUGUUUCCCUACGAGGGCCAGCUGAGGCUGCUGAGGGCCAAGCAUGCAUACAGCCCCUCCGAAGUCACAGAGAUCCUGCGCCUUGCCAGACUCAGUGAGCUGGAAGUUGUACCCCUGGUGCAGACAUUCGGACACAUGGAGUUUGUGCUAAAGCAUGCAGCAUUUGCACAUCUCCGUGAAGUGGCUCACUUCCCCAACACCCUGAACCCUCAUGAGGCUGAGUCCCUGGCCUUGGUACAAGCCAUGAUCGACCAGAUUCUGGAGCUCCAUGGGGAUGUCCGGUGGCUCCACAUUGGCUGUGACGAGGUCUACUACUUGGGUGAGGGGGAGACCUCAAAACAGUGGCUACAGCAGGAACAGAACAGCCAUGCGAAAUUGUGCCUGAGCCACAUGCAGGCAGUAGCCAGCCAUGUGCUGACCCAGCACCCUGGCGUAACACCCUUGGUGUGGGAUGACAUGCUACGGGACAUCCCUCAGGAGCAGCUAAAAGCGUCUGGGGUGCCUCAGCUGGUGGAGCCUGUGCUCUGGGACUAUGGCGCUGACCUGGAUGUCCACGGCAAAAUCUUCCUCAUAGGAAAGUACCAGGAGUGUGGCUUCCAGAGGUUGUGGGCUGCCAGUGCCUUCAAGGGGGCCACAGGGGCAAGUCAAGCUCUGCCCCCUGUUGAGCACCACAUCAGAAACCAUGAGCUGUGGCUGCAGGUGGCAGGCAGUGGACCAGAGAAUAUUCUACAAGGAAUCAUCCUGACUGGCUGGCAGAGGUAUGACCAUUUCUCUGUGCUGUGUGAGCUGCUACCUGUGGGAAUCCCAUCCCUGGCUGCCUGUCUACAGUCACUUGUACACGGAGGCUUUGCUGAGGAUGUUAGGCUGAGAGUGGAAUGCUUCCUUGGGGUGUCAAGCCUGGAAGUCACGGACACUGUAAGCGAGGGCGCUGGCUCCUUCCCUGGCAGUGACAUCCAUGCCCUCGUCACACAAGUUAGUCUGCACCUGCGCAGCUCUGUGGACACGCUUCUAGAAAGAAACAGGUUUGUCACUGGCUGGUUCAGCCCCUACCAUCGAAGGCGGAAGCUCGUUCACCCAGUUAUGGUCCAGCACAUACAGCCGGAGGCUCUCAGCCUUCUAAGCAGGUGGACCAGCCUCGUGCAGCAAUUGGAGGCAGCCCUGCAGCUGGCCUUCUACCCGGACGCCAUAGAGGAGUGGCUGGAGGAGAAUGUGCUCCCGAGUAUGCAGCGACUGCAGGGUCUGCUGCAGGACCUGGGCGAGGCGGCUGCCGGACAGCUGCCACCCACCAGCUCAGGCUGGGAUGCAGGUCAGAACCCCUGAGGGGCUGUUGGGGCCCCGUCUGUCAGCCUGGACACCUGCACAGACAGGUUCUCCGCUGAAUAAACAGUGACCUCGGGCAAAGCAGAAAACAGAAAGGCACAUGUGCAAUUGGCAUGUAGAGCUUUAUUACCUCUGAAAUAAAAAGACCAGUAGAAGUGGAAGUCCCACCAACAAAAACUUCAAUCAGUUUUUUACCACCACAGAGAAUUAAUGCCUUCACCCAGGAAUGAGUCUCGGCACUGGGCAGUAUUGGAAGGGGAUAUGACAG